GGUGCCACAAGCUGCUGUGUGCACCGGCGGACCGAACCCUGCCAUGGCGCCCUGCAUGGCAUCAUGACGUGCCAUGCAACCCUUCGAGGUGGACCGAGGAUCGGAGACCAGAUCUUUGAGGCCGAAACAGGUCAGCCGAGGAUAUGUUCUCUCCCUGCUGGCCCUCGUCCUGGGUUUGGGCAUUGCUGCAGUGGUCGGGCUGUUGCUCGCCUUUUCGGACUCGACGGCCGAUCCAACCACUACGGUGCACCGCGCGCGUGAGAUCUUAGUAGCAGAGAUGAAGGGACAACGUCCUGUGCUCGAGUCCACAUAUAUCUUCACCCAAACCAUGAUUGAAACCAGCCAGCAGAUCUAUCACUCGCUGAAAGAUCCUGCCCCAGAGGAUCAUGUGCUGGUCUUGCUGGGCGAUGCCGCGGAAUACGAGCUGGCCACCCACUCGGAGCUGGAGCUCUUACACGUGCGGAGAAACUGCGACCGGGAUCAUUUAUAUGCAGACUUGCUCCACAGCUUUGAGGUGCGGAUGCUGCAGGCGAAGAUUCCACUGCGCGUCAUGGAUGCGCUUCACUAUCAAAGUCCCAGGCUUCAGCGCAGCUGCAGCCCGGAGGGCCUCGUGAAACGAGGCCUCUUCUCACUGCGAGAAGGCAAGGGAAGGCUGCUGUUAAAUUGUGGCAUGUUUGCCGGCAACAAGGACUUGUUUCAUGAGGUGGUUGGGAACAUUUCUCAGACUCUGAGCCUUCGAGUGGCCGAUGCCGUCCGAGAUCCUAACUGGCUCGGAGCGCAAGCGAGGUUCAAAUUGUCGAAGAAGACGGAGUGGAGCAUCCUGGACGUGAUGUCGUUUGACAUAUACAGCUAUGAGUUUCAAGUGACCUUCAAAAAGCACGUCUUGGGCUUUAACAUUCACAUAUCAACGAUUCCUUGGGACAUCAAUGACUACAUCUUCUUGCCCUUGUACAACGCAGUCUUGCUGCAAGCCAUGUUAAAAGGUGGCUGUCCAAAGCGAAAGGACUUUUCUGACGCGGCGUUGCCAUUGCGCCAGCCGACCGUUCUCUUGAUGAUCCAUUGCCUUCACGAUGAACAUUCCUUUACCUCCAAUUUUACGGACAAAGUCGUGUUUGGGCUCAAUGCUGCGCAAAGAACUCGUGUAUUGGCCCAAGCAUCCAUUGGAAUCGGAAACAACAAGGUUUGUUUUGGUUGCGACCAGUCCGGGGUCUACAAUG